CACGGCCACGCCAGGCUCUGUGUCACAGUCACCUAGUGAUAGAUGGACUAUGCGAGGAUGAGCUCCUUCCUAGAGUACCCGGGCUUAAUGAGCGGCGACCUCGGGACCUGCUCCUCCAGAUCCUUCCACCCCGACCAUGGAAUUACAACUUUCCAGUCGUGCGCAGUCAGUGCUAAUAACUGCAACAGCGAUGAUCGUUUUGUGGUCGGACGAGGGGUGCAGAUAAGUUCUCACCCCCAUCACCACCACCACCAAGCCGGUGCCUUUCAGCACCACAACAACCUGGGGAUGUCUUAUACUCAUACCAGCUGUGGCUCCAACUAUGGCAUGCAGAACUUCAGCCCCGGCUACUCUCAUUUCCCCAUCAAUCAAGAGGCAGAUGUGAGCGCAGGGUUCCCCCAAUCUGUCUACUCCGGCAACAUCGCUUCGUCUGUGGUCCAGCAUCACCAACACCAGUCUUACAUCGAAGGAUCCGCUCACUAUAUCCACCAUUCCUACGGACCUGACCAGAACAUUUCUGUGGCCAAUUACAAUAACAAUGUAUCCAGCCUACAUAUCAGCCAGAGAGAAGUUUGCCGGUCUCCUUCCAGCGAAACAUCCCCGGGCCCUGCACAGACCUUUGACUGGAUGAAAGUAAAGAGAAACCCACCCAAAACAGGUAAAGCUGGGGAAUAUGGCUUUGCCGGCCAGCCCAACACAGCCAGGACCAACUUCACCACCAAACAGCUGACAGAACUAGAGAAAGAAUUUCAUUUCAACAAGUACUUGACCAGGGCCCGCAGGGUAGAAAUUGCUGCUGCUCUACAGCUCAAUGAGACCCAAGUAAAAAUCUGGUUCCAGAACAGGAGGAUGAAACAGAAAAAAAGGGAAAAAGAAGGACUUCUCCCCAUCUCCCCAUCAGCCAGUACAGGAAGCGAUGAAAAGUCAGAGGAGCUGUCAGAAAAGUCCAAUUCUUCACCCUGUGCUCCAUCUCCUGCCUCCUCUACUUCAGAUCAUCUCAGUACUUCCGGUUAGAAGGCUGAAGGCAUUGCCUGUGCUCGAUUGAUCAACCAAAGCCUUAGCAGUGAUUUUAGUUGUCUAUUGUUUAUGCCAGAAUUUCAGCUGGUACCAUUAAGAUUAUAUUUUUGCACAAGUUUGAAAAGUCAUUUUCGUUUUGAGCUAAAAUACCCAAGUUAACUAAAACCUGUUUUGGCAUGUGUCACACUAACUGUCUCUUGCUAUGAGCUGCUAUGGACAAUCCAUAUGAGGGACAUUCCUGCUGGGACUUUUUACUGGGAAAUCACUGGUUGCAGAUCCUCAAGGACUGAUGCACUACUAAUAGAGAAAAAGUUUACACAAGUUAAAAGACUUCUAUUUAAUUUAAAGUUCUAUGGUGUCUGUAUGUGAAAAGAGUGUACAUAUAUUGUUCCAGAGAUUUAUCUUUCAAGUGUUUUUGUAGAAAUUCUAAUAAUUAUCAGAUGGUGGAGUGGUUGGAAGAAUCUCAAAGUUUUCUAGCACAGGAAAAGACAGCAGUGUUUGCUGACCGCAUACCUCAGUAAUCUCUCACAUUUACUAGGUGUUUACAGUCAUGAUUUUAGGUGAAUAUUGUGUGUUUUGUUUGUCAGGAAAUCGUGCUAGAUCGUCCAGUAUCCAGGGUAUUUAUCCAAACAAAACCACUCGUUCUCUGAUCCAAGAGAAACGCUUCUAAAUCGCCUUUAAGUGAAUGUCUUGUAAGACCAAAUGUGUGUAUAAUUUGUGAUUCCAUCGCGAACCCUUGCAUGACACCGAAUGUAAACUGAGUUUUAUCAGUUGGAAUUUGUCAAUAAAACAUUUGUAUGCUA